AUGCCCACCAACCGAGCCGCAUGGCAACCGGCCAAGAAGGCGCCGUUGCUCGAGGUCAAAGCAGCGCCGUAUCCCCCUCCCAAGGCCAACCGGAUCGUCGUCAAGAACGGCGCCGUGGCCGUCAACCCCAUCGACUGGCUGAUCCAGUCCAAAGGCGACAUCAUGUUCACCUGGCUCAAAUACCCGUUCGUGCUGGGCUCGGACGUCGCCGGCGAGGUCGUCGAGGUCGGCAAGAACGUCACUCGCUUCCAGGUCGGCGACCGGGUGCUGGGCUUCGCGCGCGGGACCGAUGAGAAGGUCAACGACUCGUCCGAGGGGGCCUUCCAGGAGUACACGGUGCUGGUGCCCGACCUGACGGCGCACAUCCCCAGCAGCCUGUCCUUCGAGAGCGCCGCGGUGAUUCCUCUCGGCCUGGCGACGGCCGGGGCCGGCCUCUUCCAGCAGGACCAACUCGGUCUGCAGCUCCCGACGUCGCCGGCGAGACCGCCGACCGGCCAGACGGUGCUGAUCUGGGGGGGCUCGACCAGCGUCGGCAGCAAUGCCAUCCAGCUGGCCGUCGCGGCUGGCUACGAGGUCUUCACGACCGCCUCGCGCAAGAACUUCGAGUACGCGGCCAAGCUCGGCGCCGCCAAGGUCUUCGACUACCGGAGCGGCUCGGUGACGCAGGACAUCAUCCGCGCCUUCAAGGGGCGCACGUCUGCCGGUGCGCUGGCCAUCGGCCAGGGAGGCGCGGAGGCCUGCAUGGAGGUCCUCGACCACGUCCAGGGCCGCAAGUUUAUCGCGCUGGCCUCGUAUCCCGUUCCGCAGGAGGAGCCGAAGCGUCUGGUCAUGCUGCGGACCAUCAUCUUCUUCGUCUCGUGGAUCAUCUCGUUCAAGUUCAAGGGCCUGCUGAAGGGGAUCAAGUCGAAUUUCAUCUUCGCGACGUCGGUCAAUCACAACGGCAUCGGGAAGGCCCUCUUCGUCGAUUUCCUGCCCGACGCCCUCCGUGCCGGCGAGUUCGUCCCUGCUCCGGACGCCCAGGUGGCGGGCAAGGGAUUGGAGAGCAUCCAGACGGCUUUUGAACAGCAGAAGCAGGGGGUGUCUGCGAAGAAGAUCGUUGUCUCGCUGUAG